AUGGGCUCAAAGAAAAGUGUACGAUUAAAGCAAAUAUUCGACACUGCGGUUAUAUUUCGUCGCAGUCUUAUAUAUCAAACCAAAGAAUUUUUUCAAAAUUCAACAUUGCAUGGGGUGCGCUAUAUUGCGGAGACGGGCAGGCCAGUGGGUGAGAAAUUCAUGUGGUUUUGUUUCACAUCAAUUGGUGCUGUGACGGCUUUGGUUAUUAUUAUGAGCCUAUGGGAGAAAUUUCAAACUAAUCCCACAAUAACAGGUUUGGACACCGAUUUCCACAAUCAAAAUGUUGUAUUUCCCACAACAGUGGUGUGUCCGGAAAUUGCCUUCGACCAUGAUAGAGCCUUUGAGGUGGCAUUACAUGAUUUGGCGAACGAUGAUUAUUCCUUGGCGGGCUAUAUUGUACCAUUUCUGGAGUUAUUACCCUCACUAUCCUAUGAGACCCUCAAUGAGGCGGCUGUUAUUGCAAGUUCCGUUGAAAUGGAAGCGGUACAUCAGAAAACAUUGCGCAAGUGGGCGUUUGAGUCUGUCAUCAGUUGUAAAGAUGUUCUUACAGAAUGCAAAUAUCGCGAUGAACCCAUUAACUGCUGUGAAGCCUUUCAACCGGUCUACACCGAACAUGGUUAUUGUUUUGCCUUCAACAGUCGUUUCAAAUCGACCGAUGAAGCUGACAUAAAUUCCGGAGCACCACAUGAUCUCUAUGAAACCGAUAAAAAGUGGGCUUUGUUUUUUGUCCCGAAUAGCACGGUUAAGAUCUAUAUUUUUUCCAAUGAAGAAUAUUUUGGUCAGGAUUUCAAUCCUCAAAUUGAAUGGGCCGAAAAUGAAGUUGUCGAGGUGCGCAUCUCGAAAAAGAAUACCUAUACCACAGAUGAUGCCCGACAAUUGUCGAUUGGGUAA